AUGAGUUAUUCGAAGUUUGAUUUAACAUUUAAGAUAGGUCAAUAUCUUGACCGACACUUAGUGUUUCCAUUACUGGAGUUUUUAGCUGCAAAAGAGACGUAUGACCAAUCGGAACUCUUGCAAGCCAAGCUAGAGAUCCUCAGCAAAACUAACAUGAUAGACUAUGUUAUAGACAUCAGAAAAAUGCUUUAUCUUGAUGAGGAUACUCCUGAGGAUAUUAAAUCCAGAAGGGGGAUAGUUCUUUCCCAAUUACAAGAGCUCCAAGAUGCAGUAGAACCGGUGCUGAGACUUAUGCAGAGAGAUGAUGUUAUGAAGACUGUUGAGACCAUGAGGGAUCCUAAAACUCUUAUUAAUCACCUGACUACUAAUAAGGAAUUUGAGUUCAAAGUGGAGAUGAUCGAUAGCAUGUAUCGUCUGGCCAAAUACCGAUAUGAGUGUGGUAACUAUGUGGAGUCAGCCUCAUACCUCUAUUUCUGUCAGCUAGUGAUGUCUCCUACUGAUAAGAAUUACCUGCCUGUAUUGUGGGGCAAAUUGGCUAGCGAAAUUUUGGUGCAAAAUUGGGAUGGCGCCCUUGAAGAUUUGACCAAAUUGCGUGAAUUUAUUGAUAAUGGUGGCGCUGGCGCCACUGCAAGUAAUAUGCAAGCACUCCAGCAACGCACCUGGCUUGUGCACUGGUCGCUGUUCGUGUUCUUCAAUCACGUGAAGGGCCGAGACCUCAUCAUUGAAAUGUUUUUAUACAAACCCUUAUAUCUGAAUGCUAUUCAAACUAUGUGCCCACAUAUUCUACGCUACUUGGCAACCGCCGUCAUUAUCAACAGGUCCCGGCGUAAUGCUUUAAAAGAUCUCGUAAAAGUUAUACAGCAAGAAGCAUACACUUACAGGGAUCCAAUCACAGAAUUUAUUGAGCACCUGUACGUUAACUUCGACUUCGAAGCUGCACGCAGAAAGUUAAAUCAGUGCCAAGCAGUACUCUUAACAGAUUUCUUUUUGAUAGCGUGCCUAGAAGAGUUCGUUGAAAAUGCUCGUCUUAUGAUUUUUGAGACUUUCUGUCGUAUACAUCAAGUUAUCAGUAUUGGAAUGUUAGCUGAAAAUUUGAAUAUGCAGCCUGAUGAAGCAGAGUGCUGGAUCGUGAAUUUAAUCCGUAACGCUCGCCUAGACGCCAAGAUUGACUCCAAGUUGGGUCAUGUAGUGAUGGGUGCGCAACCGCUGUCGCCAUAUCAACAACUUGUGGAGAGGAUUGACUCUCUGGCUGUGCGCUCUGAAGCCCUAACGUCAUUAGUUGAGCGCAAGCAAAAAACCCGCAACCAAGACAUCCGUUGGGGAACCCAAGAAUUUUAG